AGAGUAUGAGCAAUCGUGUAGUGCUCUUUUAAUUGUGUUAUUUUAUUUUAAAAAAUUAUCAUUUUUAUGUUUAAAAUUUUAUAUAAAGUGUAUUUAGGUUUUUUAAAUUAUAUUAUAGUUUCGUCGCAACAGUACUAUUAUUAGUGACGUGUACAGAAUAAUUAACAGCUAAGAAAUAAAUUAGACUUUCAUAAAUCACGAUGUCUUCCUUCUAUCAAAUCAAAUUUUUAAUUAGCCAAAGACUGCGGUAUCUCAACGUCUCGGCCUCAGGGCCAGGACGAUCGCGAUGAGUCCGCCAGUUCUUUCGGCUGAUAUGCUGAUAUCGUCUAGGACAACCACAGAAUAUAUACACAACAAUAAUAAUAACGAAGACGAAAUUCGUUGUGACAAACCGGUACUAAACACAGAAGAGCUGGCGCUGUUAGCAAAACUUGAAGAGGCCAAUAGGCUCAUUGAAUCGGAUGCUAAAUCACUGAAUUCUAUAUCAAACAACAGUACGCAUUCUAGAAAGAGCUCGGAUGCAUCUCAGAUAUCACUAGUAUCCGGUACGAGUUCCAGUCAAGAUGGUGAAGAAGACAUGUGGGGACUAUGGGGCCAAGUGGUCAACGACUGGGAGAGUUACAGUAAGAAAAAAAAUGCUUAUCUAAAAGAACUAGUUCGUAAAGGAGUUCCACAUCACUUCCGUGGUAUUGUGUGGCAACUGCUCUGUGGUGCUAAUGAUUCUCCAAUUAGGAAACAGUAUCCAGAAUAUAUAAAAUCCACUUCUGCAUGUGAAAAGGUUAUACGGAGGGAUAUUGCACGAACAUAUCCUGAACAUGACUUUUUCAAGGAAAAAGAUGGUCUGGGUCAAGAGAGCUUAUUCAAUGUUAUGAAGGCCUACUCAUUGCAUGACCGUGAGGUUGGUUAUUGUCAAGGUUCUGGCUUUAUAGUUGGGUUAUUGUUAAUGCAAAUGCCAGAAGAAGAAGCAUUUGCAGUAUUUGUUAAAAUUAUGCAAGAUUACAAAAUGCGUGACAUGUUCAAACCAUCUAUGGCUGAACUAGGUUUAUGCAUGUAUCAACUAGAAAACUUGGUCCAAGAUCACAUUCCAGAACUUUAUGUACAUUUUCAAUCUCAAAGCUUCCAUACUAGUAUGUAUGCCAGCAGUUGGUUUUUGACACUAUUUACUACGGCAUUAGCUUUACCAACGGCAUGCAGAAUUAUUGAUGUUUUCCUUUCGGAAGGAAUAGAAAUAAUUUUUAAAGUAGCAUUAGCAUUACUUCAACUAGGCAAAGACGAUCUUUUAUGCUUGGAUAUGGAAGGCAUGCUGAGAUUUUUUCAAAAAGAAUUACCUACUCGUGCCAAUUCUGAUCCAGAUGGUUUAAUGGCCUUAGCUAUUACUAUAAAAUACAAUACUAAACGGAUGAAAAAACUUGAAAAAGAAUAUACAGCUAUCAAGAGCAAAGAACAAGAAGAAAUGAUUGAACUGAAGAAACUUCGUACAGAAAAUCGUUUGCUUAGACAAAAAGUUGAACUUUUAGAAGCGGAGUCCAGUGAAUUAGCUGGUUUAUUAGUAAGAGGACAAGUUUCUCGUGCUGAAGAAGAAGAAACAACUUUUAUUGUACAAAGGGAACUAACAGCCUUGAGACAUACCCAUUUGGAAACUUCUCAUGCUCUUGAAAAUGCUUUAGAAGAGAUAAAACAAAUGUCUGUUUUGAUAGCAGAAAAUCAUAAUUCUUGUCAGUCAUCCUUAGAUGAACUUUCAUUAAAACAAGAACAACUAUCACUAAAAGAAGAAAUGAUCAAAGAUCUUCAAAAUGAACUAGUUAAAGUAAGAUUAAGGGAUGCUGAAAAUGAAGCAACAAUACGUGAUCUGAAAGAUAGGAUUAGUGAAUUAGAACAUGACAAAAAAACACUUAGAGAAUCAGUUGUUGAUAAUUCCGUAGCCCAUUUGCAGGAGGAGUUAAUAGCUGUAAAAUUAAGGGAGGCAGAAGCAAAUUUAUCUUUAAAAGAUUUAAGACAGCGUGUCAAUGAAAUAAAUACUCAAUGGCAACGACAUAUCCAAGAAAAAAAGAGAAUUGAUCCUCCACCAGCACCUGACUCAACUCCAAAAAAAAUUGGCAAUUUAUUAAAUUGGAAUAAUACUGAAACACAGCGACUUGAAGAAGAGUUGAUGUCAACUAAGCUUCGUGAAAUGGAAACAUUAGCUGAGCUCAAAGAAUUAAGAUUAAAAGUCAUGGAACUAGAAACACAAGUGCAAGUAAGUGGUAAUCAAUUAAGAAGACAAGAUGAAGAAAAUAAAGCUGUAUUAGAACAGCUUGAACUUGCAGAGACAAAACAAAGAGAUCUAGUUGUUAAAUUUAGAGAGCAGCAAAAUAAGUAUACAGAUUUAGAAUCUAAGAUGAAACACGACACAAUAUCUUCAAGAAUACGUGAAGCUGAACAUGCUCAAAUGGUUGCAGAGCUUAACCAAAAAAUAUCUCGAUUAGAAGUUAAAAAUGAAGAAAUGGUGACUGAAGGUGAACUUAGGAAUAAUUCUUUAGACGACAGUGAUAAAGUCAAAGAACUCCAAGAUAAGGUAGCUGAUCUCAAAGCUGAACUACUCUCACCGACCACGCCAGAUGUCGAGCCAUGGAAGUGGCUAGGCUAAUACAGUAAUGCGAUUAGAAGCAUGGAAACAAAGAUGGGUGAACAAUGGUAACUCUAUGGCUAAAACUGAGCGAUCAGGGUCAGUAGAUACUAUAGAAAGUGAAAUGGAUGAUUCCUCAGAUUUUCAUCUACGAAUAAAUAGCUGAAAUAUUUUUGACUUGUAAUUAUUUUAGUCAUAUUAUUGGAUAA